AUGGGGGACUGGAGCUUCCUGGGGGAGUUCCUGGAGGAAGUACACAAGCAUUCCACGGUGAUAGGCAAGGUCUGGCUCACCAUCCUCUUCAUUUUCCGCAUGCUGGUGCUGGGCACGGCGGCCGAGUCAUCCUGGGGGGAUGAGAAGGCCGAUUUCCAGUGCGAUACACUUCAGCCCGGUUGCGAAAACGUCUGCUACGACCAAGCCUUCCCCAUCUCCCACAUCCGCUACUGGCUGCUGCAGGUCAUCUUCGUCUCCACACCCUCUCUGGCGUACUUGGGCCACGCCGUGCACACGGUGCGCGUGCAGGAGAAGCGGAAGCAACGCGAGGCCGAGAGGGCCAAAGAGGUUCGGGGCGCCGGCUUUUACGAGUACCCAGUGGCCGAGAAGACAGAGCUGACCUGCUGGCAAGAAGUGAACGGCAGGAUCAUCAUCCGGGGCACGCUGCUCAACACCUAUGUCUGCAGCAUCCUGAUCCGCACCACCAUGGAGGUGGCCUUCAUUGUGGGCCAGUACCUCCUCUACGGGAUCUUCCUGGACACGCUGCAUGUCUGCCGCAGGAGUCCCUGCCCCCAUCCCGUCAACUGCUACGUGUCCCGGCCCACGGAGAAGAAUGUCUUCAUUGUCUUUAUGCUGGCUGUGGCUGGACUGUCGCUUUUCCUCAGCCUUGCUGAACUCUACCACCUGGGCUGGAAAAAGAUCAGACGGCGAUUUGUCAAGUCACAGCGCGGCGUGAGUGAGUGCCAACUUCCUGGUUCCUCUGCCCGCAUGGUCCAGAGCUGCACACCGCCCCCUGACUUCAAUCAGUGCCUGGAGAAUGGCCCUGGGGGGAAAUUCUUCAAUCCCUUCAGUAACAAGAUAGCCUCCCUGCAGAACACAGAUAACCUGGCCACAGAGCAAGUGCGAGGCCAGGAGCAGAUUCCUGGAGAGGGUUUCAUUCACAUGCGGUAUGCCCAGAAGCCUGAGGUGCCCAACGAAGGCUCCCCAGAUCACCACCUCCCCCAUGGCUACCAGAGUGACAAGCGCUGUCUCAGCAAGGCCAGCAGCAAGGCCAGGUCAGAUGACCUAUCAGUGUGACCCUCCAGGGUGGGGGAACCAGGACCAGGUGGGAAAAAAAGAGAGGGAAGAUGUGUCCCUCUGGCCCCAUCUCAUUCUCAUCACUGCUUUACUGCUUUUGGGCCCUGGGUCUCAAUGGCGUUGCUCAUUUUUUCAGGAGGGUAUGACCAGGUCUUUGUGGGUGCCGUCAGAGACAUGGAUACCUACCCAGGCGGCUGUCCCUUCCCCAUCCUCCACCCAGAAUCCUCAAUGAAGCCUUUCAGAUUACUCAGUGAAUGGGAUGGAGGAGGGGACAGGGACCAUUGCAAAUCUGGCCUGGGAGGGAUAGCCAGAGGGAUAGGAUGACUCUCUAUAUACCAACCAUAUACCAGAUGGAUUCUCUAAGUCCCUCUGGCUUCCUUGACCUGAUCACCCUUCCUCCUGCAAGGAAGAGCCCAAAGUUCCCAGCCAGCAAUAAGCAUGAAUCAAGGAACUUGCAUUAGAUGUGCUCUCGAAUCCUUUGUCUCCUUCGACCAUACCUUGGGUGGCGGUGAGGUCAGUGUGGGCUGUCCCUGGCUGCCCCUCCCUUUACCCAGUCUUACUUAAAAAGAGGUCAUUGAAACUCGAUCAGCAGCCUCAACUUUACAAGUGCCUUGGUAUGUACCUCUGGCAAAUGUCUCACCUUGGUGACGUUGCAGCCUUUCCUUCUGCCUAGGUGUACAACCAGCCCAUGGGGGUGAAACGCUCUCCUAGGGAGUCACUGUGCACACAGACUCCACUGGAAUUCCUGCCGCCACAUGUCAACCUGCAACUCUUUUACAGUUCAACUCAACGGUAGAGACCAUUCCUUCUAGUCCCCCCUUGGCUGUCCAUCCAGUGCUCCCCUAAAAACCUUAUUGACCAGAAUGCCCAAGAAGCCAUCGUCCUCUCUCACAUCCUGACCAGAUCACCAGCCGUGGAGGCCAGUGGAAUUUCCCCAGGUCCUAUUAAAACAAAGAGGGUAUUGUGCUUCUCAGAUUCCCCUUGGGAAAAAAAAAUAAUUCUGCUGUGAAGAUAAAAAUAAAAAAGGAGAGAAAAUACUGGAAAACUAUUUUCCCAUCCUGUUUGCUUCCCUUGCUGACUGCCAACUUGGAGUGCCAACAGGAGGUGUGAUGACAACUAUGGAGGCCCCAGAUCUCUCUUUCCCUGGAGGAUUUAGCAGGGGCAUGAAGGCAGUAAGGGCAUCUCCAGUUUUCUUGGCAGGGCCCUUGUGUAAGGGCACAGAGAUGCCUGUGUCUCUCUAGUGCUCCUAAAGAGACUGCCAAAAAGCAGUGGGGACUACAGAAAAGCCCUGCCUUCCCAGGGACUGGCCCGAUUUCUCUCUUCAGUCCAUCUAUAAUGGGUGGUUGCCAUUUUGUAUGAAGAUAAAGGAUACUCAGAAUUGGAUGCUGAAACUUAUAGGGAGACAGUUACAUUUUAAGAUGCAUGUGUGUGUUUGUGUGUGUAUGUGUAUGCUGAUAAGGUGGGAGAAGGGGAGGGGAGUCCAGAAAUAAGGACAGGAUACCUUAGAGACACUUGUGUCUUCCUGCCCUUUCCUCCAGGAGCCUGGCAGAUGGGCUGAGCCUACUGUUUUCAGAGUCAUCAACCUAAAUAGAUAGGCAUGAGAGGUUGGAACAGAGGAGGUUGAAGGCUCAGAAGGAGGCUCAGCCUCUGCCCACCUGACCAUCUAUGCGGCCUCUGCUGAUACUUGGCUGUUAUUGGUGGGUGGAGAGCAGGAUGAGGGUGGAGGGGUGGAGGAAACUGACUGGGAUGCCAAUUAGAGAAGAAUGACUGGUCAUCCCAGAUCCCUGGAGGGGACACCUUUUAAUCUGUUAUCUGGCACUGGCAUUAAGAUUCUCUCUCCAAAGCAAAACAAAAAAGACGCUCUUUCCUUCCAUCUCUGAAGUGUAUUUGUUUUGUGAAAUGAGUGUUCUUGGAUUAGAAAUUCUAUGAGAUCAGUCCUUGAUGGGGCUUUCAGGAAAGAAAAAGGAAAUAAUAUGUAUAGUUUGUCCUAAUAAAGUCUGGUCCUACAUUUA